AGUUUCCACUCUCUCUCGCUAUACUUCUUAAGCUCUCUCUAGCUUUCAUAGAUAGAAGAAGAGGAGAAGAAAGAGAAGAAAGAGAAGAGAGAGAAAAAUAGAGAAAAGGAGAGAGCAGAGCUCUUCUCUGUUUCUUAUUUCAUGGAGAAGCACAGUUGUAAGCUCUGUUUAAGGAGUUUCGCUAAUGGUAGAGCUUUGGGUGGUCAUAUGAGGUCUCAUAUGGCCAACCUGUCGAUACCUCCAAAGACUCAGCAAGUCCAUCACCAUCAUCAUCAACAACAACAACAUCUCAGAGAUGAAACUGAGUCGGCCUCUUCUGCAUCGUCUUCAUCGUCGUCAUCUUCUGGUGAGGAAGAAGAAGAAGAAAAAGGUUUGUAUUAUGGGUUAAGAGAGAAUCCAAAGAAGAGCUUCCGGUUGGUAGAUCCUGAGUUUUCUUUUGCCGUGGAUGCUGGGUCGGUUGUUCAGGACAGAGAAAGCGAGACAGAGGCAUCUAAGAACCCUUCUAGGAGACGAUCGAAGAGGAAUCGUAAAUCCAACUUCAUCGGAGAGCAGAGAAAUCUACAGCAGCUACAAACACCGGAGCCGAAGAAGCCCAAGUCUAGCAAACCCAGUAAGGCCGAUUCGUUGCCGGAGCCGGAACCGGUGAGCUCUGUAUCUGAUACUACUCCAGAGGAAGAUGUUGCGCUUUGUCUUAUGAUGCUAUCGAGGGAUAUAUGGAUGAGAAAAGAUGAGGAAGUUGAGGUGGAGGAGGAACAAGAAGAAGGUGAAGAAGAAGAAGCAGAGAAAUCUAUGGAUGAGUCGGAUGAGUCGGAAGAGCUCAAAUUCCCAACUCGGACUCGCGGAAGGUACCAGUGCGGGACAUGCAAGAAGGUGUUCAGGUCGUACCAAGCUUUGGGUGGGCACAGAGCAAGUCAUAAGAAGAUCAGGGGCUGUACCCCAUCUUCAUCCUAUGCUGCUCGGACCCAUGAAGCAGAGUCAGACCCAGGGAAUGCAGGUACUUCAACUGUCGAUCGGAAAAUCCAUGAAUGCCCUGUUUGUUUCAGAGUUUUUGGGUCUGGUCAAGCUCUUGGUGGACACAAGAGAUCCCACCUCUCUGGUUCAACUACAGCUACAAAUACUACUAAAUUUGCAGACAAUUUGAUAGAUCUUAACCUCCCAGCUCCGAUUGACGAUGAUGAUAUGAGCCAAGUUGAACUCUCCGCCGUCUCAGAUGCAGAAUUCGUUGAUCCGACCAAAUGAAGAAUGGUGGUGAUUGGAUUCUGUGUAUUGGAUAUGGGAUUACAGUGGAAAAACUUCAAGCUCUGAACGCGAUUAUGAGGUAAAGGGAAAUUCCAAACCUCGUGUCUUAUCAAUGCGAUCUGUGAUUAUUUUUAGGUUAGUUGAGGAAUUGGGUCAAAACUCAAAUUGGGUCUCUGUAUUUACAGAUUUUUCUUUAUAUUUCUCUUCUCAAAAUCCAUGCUUUUUUUUUUCUUCCCUUCUAUCAAACAGUCUUUCUUUUUCCUUUUUUCUUCUUUGCUGACUGUAAUUCAUUCCUUUAAAUUUAUUUUAAGUUCUGUUACUUUCUAUAACAACUCGAUUUUGUGCA